GUAAACUUUUUUUCUGUUUAUAUAAUUUGCAUGUAUGGAAUACUUUCUCUUCGACAACAAUAACAACAACAACAAAACAUCAUAACAUUACACCAUUAGAUCCGUUGAAUUUCCAAUUGCAUUAUUAUUAUUCUCAUGAUACACAGUCUAUGCAUAAUAUGAUUUCUAAUCAUAGACAAUCAUUACGACAUCGAUCUUCUUCAUUGAUGAUAAGAUUGUCUGUUGAUAAACAACAACCGGAACAAUUUGAAGAAACAAAUCAAUUUCUAACUGGUUGGUCUUUCUAUUCAACUCCGAAUAUUAUACCAUCUUCAAUGGAUUUACAAAAGCUUACAGAGUUUGCUGGUGGUUAUUGGAUGUCUGAUGAAGAUUUAAUCAAUACUGUCAAUAAUUACGACGCUUUGCCUAUAAAGUCAGUUAUUAUCACAACCAAAGAUGAAUAUGAUAAUAUGUUAUUGUUAAAUUCAAAAUCAUCUCGUCGAACGUCUCGACUUUCAAGAAAUUUUAAACAAUCCAACGAGAAAAUCACACCAAUUUUACGCGCUUUCUCUUCGUUUGUCAUAGUCUCCAUUGAUUGGUUCUUACAGACUAUUAUGAAUCGUAAACCUCCAAUUUGGCCUAUUGAUUCACAGUAUAAAUUACAAUAAACAUUCACUGUCAAUUUCAUGAUCUCACUAGACAGAAUCCAGUGUAUAUAAUUAGCAAACUUGUUCAAUUAUCUCACCACUAC